ACACUUUCAGAACUCAACUUUCUUUCGUUUGUAUUAAGAAAAUAUCGGUUUUAUCUGAUAAGAUCUGAUUCAGAGGGGAAAAUGAUCAUUUUAUCUUAUCUUUGACCCACCUUUCGAUGAUAUUACCCGUGAAUAUCCGAAAUUAUCGAUCUCCAUAACUCAAGCAAUCCACACAUCCAUCAUUUACAGUGAUCGAGUGAUCGUAAAUCAGUUUAAUUAUAUAACAAAAAUAGUCCUCUAAAAUGACCUCAAUCAAUGCUAAAGAAUUCCUAAUCACUACAGUUUUGGUCAGUGCUUUUGUUGGGGUGUCUUAUGGAAUAGAUUGUUACUACUGUGAACCAACAGACAACGGUUGCGAUGAUCCUAUUGAAGGAAAUAGACCUGUUAUCAAUUGUCAGAGUAUAACUGGACAUGAUAAUCCCAUGGCCAGAGUCUUAGAAGAAGAGAGAUCAAGGUUGAAUAGCUCUGAAUAUCCAACAUAUCAAUGUGCUGCUCUCAAAGUAACUAAUAAAGAUAACAAAAACAUGACAGGAAUGUACAGGACCUGUGUUGUCAAUAUAACAACAGGCGAUCAAUGCAACGCUCUCAAAGCUGAAUUUAAAGACGAAGGGUAUGGUCAAGUUGAAAGUUGCAAACUUUGCAAUGAAACUAGCUGCAAUAGCUGGACAAUGGAGGGUUUCAAGAAUUCUAGUCCUGAGAGCUUCACAUCAGUUUUGUUAUACACAUUCCUGAGUUGCAUUUUUGUCGCAUAUGUGAUCUGAUUUCGAAUGCUUUUUCAUUGUAAAUAAAUCCAGAAGUACCUUCAAGUAGCUUAUAGUCCUGCUAAGAGAGAAAUAAAUCGAUUUUUUUUCAUUUUAUUAAAAAAAUCAUGCAUACACAUUUUCAUUACAUGUCAUACAAGUUUUACAUCAUUGUUUCUGAUAAAUAAAUUGAGGUGAUCUCGAAAUAAU